AUGAUACGGACGUGCUCUGAUUGGACAAAACGCUGCUUUGCCGAAUUCAAGCAGUCACGAGAGCCGGGUUCUGGCAUUCUGUCGGUGCCAUUGACCGCCAGAGCUACGAUUCUGCUGCCGUUUUGAGCAAUCGUUGUAGUAUGGCAUUUUAGCGAUCAGCGCAUUUUGCCUUGAUUACUCUUCUCCUCAUUGUCUUUUCGUUGCCCCAAGCUGCCACUGAGUUUUCACUGAAUUUACGCUUUUUGCUGGAUUUACUUUCUUCGUUACAAUGCGCUCUUUCUGGCGAGCAAGCCGGGCUGUUAAACUAGGCACCGCAGCCACGGUAAUGGGAGGAACAUGUUACUACACGUUUAUAUAUUCGAGGAAUACACCCCAGCGUCCCCCACCGCAAACCCUGGAGGAUAGCCUGGUCGGUCAGGAAGCGCCGUCAAUAUUUCAGUGGUCUAGCUUACCACCGUUUAUUGAACGGCGCUAUGACCCGCCGUACCCUGAAAACGGUCCGAUAUGGAAUGCAGCGAGUACAGUGGUCACCGGUGGCGUAGGCUUAUUUGCGAAAUUCAUGCUAAGAUACUUUCAGCAAACACGUGUUUAUAAUAUCGAUGCGUUCUUAAAGAUCGUCGACGAAGAUAACCGAGAUCGAGCGUUGAUCACCGUAUCCAAUCAUGAAUCUGUAUGGGACGAUCCGUUUUUAUGGGGUGUUCUUCCUGUAAGGACGUUGCUCGAUAUUCACAAAAUGCGAUGGGUGCUUGGAGCGGCCGAUAUCUGCUUUACGACCAUACCAAAGUCAUUGUUUUUCUCGCUCGGACAAGCUAUUCCUACGAUUCGUGGUUGUGGCAUAUACCAACCAGCAGUGAACUUUGCUAUUCAUAAAGCAAAUCAAAAUGGCUGGAUCCAUAUUUUUCCCGAAGCUCGCGUCAAUCAAACCGCUUCCAUGAUACGUUUCAAAUGGGGCGUUGGUCGUAUUAUCAUGGAGGCCGAUCGAUGCCCGAUCGUCAUCCCCGUGUGGCACAAUGGUACCCAGUUGGUUUAUUGUCUGCAAAAAAACGCGUCAUGAUCUCAUCAUAAUAUUCUUCUUUUGUUUCGUAGGCAUGGCUCUCGUAAGACCUUU